GAGUUUGGUUUUAUUUACUUCUUUUUUGCUUAUUUACCCAUAAUGCACCAGGACAGGUUCGCAGACAUAGAACACAUGCAAAUUACAGAAAUGUCUUCAUUGCUGUUGCAGUAGCCUCUCCAUACUUGGAGGGGGAGCCACCCAUGCAUCAGUGUGCCAGUGGGAGGAUGGUACCUGUCCUGAUGCCUCCUCUCAGGUGAACCUUGAUGCAGAUGUUGGCGUUGUGGGUCAGCAGCAGCCGUGCAGUGGCAUCAGGGCGGCCCGGCAUGCAGAGCAGCGGAUCAAUCCCUCCCAUUGAUCCUGGAUGGAGCUUCUCUCCGGCCGAGGCCGGUUGAGUUACAUAAGCGGCUGCUGGUGUGACUGUUGGAGGGAACCGGUUGCAGACGAGCAGACUCCUCGUCUUCGCUCUCCUCCCAUCAUGCCCGGGACUCUGCCCAGGAUUCCCAGCAUGCCGUGGGGCAUGACCCUACCCAGAGGCAUCAACCCCCCGAGUUUACCCCGCGGCAUCACCGUGCCCAGCCUGCCCCGGGGGGUGUCCCUGCCCCGGGCUGUUACCAUGCCGACCGUUUCCCAGGCUCCUCGGCGGCUGCUGCAGGACUGCUGCUCGGUGUUGGACCACCAGAACGCGGGAGGUUUGUGUGGCUGCUGCUGGGCGCUGCGUCCUCGAUACAAGAGGCUGGUCGACAACAUUUUCCCAGAGGACCCAGAGGAUGGGCUGGUGAAGGCCAACAUGGAGAAACUGACUUUCUUUGCUCUGUCGGCUCCGGAGAAGCUGGACCGGAUCGCAGCGUAUCUGUCAGAGCGUCUGACCCGAGAACUGAACCGCCAUCGCUACGGCUACGUGUGCAUCGCCAUGGAGGCUCUGGAGCAGCUGCUGUUGGCCUGUCACUGUCAGAGCAUCAACCUGCUGGUGGAGAGUUUCCUCAGCACGCUGCGGCUGCUGCUGGAGGCCGACAAGCCACACCUCCACAUCCUGGCCACCAACUCCUUUGUGAAGUUCGCCAACAUUGAGGAGGACACGCCGUCGUAUCACCGCAGCUACGACUUCUUCGUGUCUCGCUUCAGCGAGAUGUGUCACUCUGAGCACGAGGAUCCCGAAACGCAGAGCAGGAUCCGGGUGUCGGGGAUCCGCGGCCUGCAGGGUGUGGUCAGGAAGACCGUGGACGACGAGCUGCAGGCCAACAUCUGGGAGCCUCGGCACAUGGAGCAGAUCGUUCCGGCCCUGCUCCUCAACCUGGAGCAGCAUCCAAACAGCAGCAGCCGGUCUCCAGCGGAGCAGACGGAGGUGUGUUUCAGGGAACUUCUGGGUCGGGCUGCGUACGGACACAUCAACAAUGCCAUCAAGCCCGUGCUUAUGCACCUGGACUCUCACAGUCUGUGGGAAGGACAGGGUUUCGCUGUGCGCUGCUUCCAGAUCAUCAUGUUCUCCAUCCAGUCGCAGCACUCCCACCUGGUGGUCCAGCAGCUGCUGGGUCACCUGGACGCUAACAGCAGGAGUCCUCCGUGGGUCCGGGCCGGCAUCGUGGAGGUCCUGUCUGAGGUGGCUGUGAUCAAGGCCACCGGCUCAGUGGGCCCCACCGUGCUGGAGGUGUUCAACACACUGCUGCGGCAGCUGCGGCAGAGCGUCCACUACCAGCUCACCGGUUUCUACGACAACGCGGGCAAGCACAAAACCAGCGCCAGCCAGGAGAGGACGCUGCAGGACGCCGUCAUCAAGACCAUCGGAUCAUUCGCCAACACGCUGCCUGUCUACCAGAGGUCAGAGGUCAUGCUCUUCAUCAUGGGGAAGAUCCCUGUGCCUGGUAUCUACCCCGCCCUGGGGUCACCCAACACUGGGUUCGAGGGCAGUAGGAUGAUCCAGGUGAUGCUGCUGAAGUCUCUUUUGCAGGUUUCGGAGCGUUACGAGAGCACCAACCUGCUGACGGCUCUUCCCUCCUCCUUCCUGGAGCCGCUGCUCUCCUUCACCCUGAUGGAGGACCCGGAGAUCCGCCUGCUGGUGCUCUCCAUCCUCACCUCGCUCAUCGACCGGCACCAAAACAGCAAAUGGCUCGCCGUGGCAAGUGUGACGGUUGACGUGUCUGUGUUGGAGCUGAAGGAGGACACAUGUUCCAAACAGGACAACCUGUUCAUGAGGAAGCACGCUCAGCGCCUCUACCGUCACAUCUACCUCACCUGUAAAGAAGAGACUAGUGGGCGGAGCCACUACCAUGCUCUUUUCACCCUGCUGACCGUCCUCGGCGUGGAGCUGUCCAGCGAGGAGGUUCUGGUCGAUCUGAUGCGACUGGUUCUGGCUCUGCAGGAUCUGGCCUCAUCCAGUCAGGAAUGUCUGUCAGUGUUAAACCGCUGUGGCGUGCACGCUCUCUGUGCCGCCUCCCUCUGCGUGCUGGCAAAGCUCGGACCGCCUCUGGCACUGCAGCAGCACGUCGCUCAGGUUGUAGAAAGACGUCAGAAGAAGGCGCCACAUCUUCUGCCUGAACAGGCCCUCAGUGAAAAUCCCAGACUGCCUGUCGGGGAUCUGAAGGUGGACGAAGAGCUUCUGUUCACUCAGUCAACAAUCAGCGACUCUCUGAGUGAAAGCAGCUACAGUGCUCACUGUGAUCAUCUCAACACGCCGUACACACCCCAACUCUCAGAUGAGGAUCGUCUGUCAAAGAGGAAGAGUGUGGGCGACGUGGCCUCGCUGCAGCUGGACAUGGACCCUCACAGCACCCCUCACACUCCACAGAAACCCCAGACGGAGCAGAUCACAUUCGAGAUGCUGAAGAACACCAUCGAAGAUCGAGGCGGCGUGGAGGAGGAGGAGAGGAGGAAGAGGCUGCAGCUGGUGGAGAAGUUUCAGACGGCGUCCUUCGAGGAAAUUGCGGCUCACUGUGGAUCUCGGGCGUCGCUGCUUCACUCCAAACUGGAGCAGGUGUUUGACCUGAUCAUCCGUCCUCCCCCGUCCCCGUCCGGCCAGUCGCCCCCUCGCUCCACGCCGCUCCACCAAAUGAAAUUUCCCGACCUCUGCGUCUAUUAG